CUUGCUGCAAACUGGUCAAUUUAUUCAGACUCCUAAAUCUCAAUUUUAGUAAUUUGUUUAUUCUGAAAAUCAGCACCCUUUUGUGAUUCUUUGGGAUAGUUUGGAGUUUCGACCAUGACCACUUCGAAGCGAAAUCACAAAGAGAAGACAAUUCGUCGCAACAAAGAGGAGAAAGCUGAAGAACCAGAACUACCCAAGUACAGAGACAGAGCCAAAGAGAGGCGAGAGGAUCUAAAUCCUGAUUAUGAGCUUAAUGAAUUGGGUGCGUUUCACGCCGUUGCUCCCCCAGGCAAUGUGGAUAUUGGUUCUGCUGAUGCGCACAAAUUAUCUAUUGAGAAGAGCAAGUAUCUUGGAGGUGAUGUGGAGCACACACAUUUGGUUAAAGGGUUGGAUUAUGCUUUACUUCAUAAAGUGAGAAGUGAAAUAGAUAAGAAGCCUGAUGUUGGAGAUGACCCUGACGGGAAAUCUAGGGCACCUAAGGAAGACCAAACAUUGGCUUUCCGCACUGCAACUGCAAAGUCAGUAUACAAGUGGAUAGUCAAGCCUCAGACUGAUGUAAAGACCAAUGAAAUGUUCCUUCCUGGGAGGAUGGCUUUUAUAUUUAACAUGGAAAGUGGGUUUUCACAUGACAUUCCGACAACACUUCACAGGAGUAAAGCUGACUGUCCUGUUCCUGAGGAAAUGGUUACAGUCAGUGUUGAUGGUUCCGUCUUAGAUAGGAUAGCUAAAAUUAUGACAUAUCUCCGCCUUGGAUCAUCUGGGAAAGUUCUCAAGAAGAAGAAGAAGGAAAAAGAUGGAAAAGGAAAAAUUUCUGGUUUUGUAAAUGGUUACGAAGAGAAUAAUAAUAUAUCAAAAUCUGGUGCAAUGAAGAACCAUAUUGAAAAAGCAACUGCGUUGCCCACUCAUGAAUCUUCUAAAAAGAAUCAUCACAGUGAGUUUAGGGAGAAACAGGGUCCCUCUGUUGCUAGAGUUGAAGAAGAAGAUAUAUUUGUUGGAGAAGGAGUCGACUAUUCUAUCCCUGCUGUAGAUCCAAACCAGAGCCCUAUAUCAGAGGAUAUGGAAGAAUCCCCUAGAAAUAAAGAGAGAACCUCAUAUUUCGGUGAACCUGCUGCUGCCUAUGCCUCAAUUCCAUCAUCUGAACCACAUCAUGGUUGGCAACAAGCGAAUGGGUAUGAAGCUGUUCAAGCGCAGGCCUUUGGUGGGGUGUAUCCACCUGAGUGGCAGGAUUAUCAAUAUGCUGAGCAAGUGGGGUAUCCAGACCAAUACCUCCAGCAGACCUAUGAUGCACAAGCCGGUUCAAACAUUCAUCAGGACCCGCAAUUCAUGACCCAAGAAGAAAAAGAUAGAGGUUUAGGGUCGGUGUUUAAGAGAGAUGAUCAGAGGCUUCAACAGCUAAGAGAGAGAGAUGCCCGGGAGAAGGAUCCCAACUUUGUGUCUGAGAGCUAUUCUGAGUGUUAUCCUGGCUACCAAGAGUACAACCGUGAGGUUGUUGACAGUGAUGAUGAAGCUGAUUUGACAAAGAUGGAUAUGGGUGGACGUGCAAAAGGACGACUUCAUAGGUGGGACUUUGAGACAGAAGAAGAGUGGGCGUCAUACAAUGAACAGAAGGAGGCAAUGCCGAAAGCUGCAUUCCAGUUUGGUGUUAAAAUGCAAGACGGGAGGAAGACCAGAAAGCAAAACAAAGACCACAAACUCAACAAUGAGCUCCAUAAAAUCAGUAAAUUGCUUGCCCGAAAGAAGAUGGAGGAGAAAGGUGGUGGUGGUGGAGGGGACUUCAAUGAGGACGACUCUCAUCCAGGAAAGAAACUAAGAGUUUGAUGUUUGUUUCAAUUUAUUAUUAUUAUUAGCGUGUAUUAGAAUGUUGUGCCUUCUUCAUGAACCUAAAAUUUCAUUUGCAAGUUAUUUUCCCAAUCCUUUCCUUUUUGGUACACCAAGGGCUUAUAUUGUGAUAAUGGUAUUAAUUAAUGUAUUAUUAUUAUAAUUACUAUUAUUAUCAAGGUCACAGUUACAACUCCUACCUUUUAUGCCGAACAAACAUUUCAGCCCAUUUUUUACCUGUAC